AUGCCUGAUCUUGAUGAUCCCCAGGAGCACAGUCAAACAUAUCAUUCUUUAACCUUAAACAUGGAGUCAUCCCCUCCAUCCGCCCUACAAUCAACUCCCCCUUCCCAGCCCUACACUCCCCCAGAUGAAUCUUCCACUCCACACAAACCUUUGGUUCAACCCUCAACUCCAAUAGUCCUCCCAUCUACUCCUGUGAGUCAACCAUCUACUCCUAUAACACCACCAACUACUCCCUUUAAUCAACCCAUUAAAACAGAUGAAGACUCCCAGGAUUCAAUUGUUAUGGACGUGAACCGAAGUUUGAAACGGUUUCCUCCAGGUAUAGGAGAGGAGGAGAGACCUGCUCUCCAGGAGCAACUAACCAGGCUGAUUAUCAGGGUUAUCAUGAAACAUCCGCAUCUUCAUUACUAUCAGGGUUAUCAUGAUGUUGCUAUAACAUUUCUACUUGUUGUCGGUGAGGAGCUGGGUUUCCAGAUAGUAGAACGUCUCUCUGUAUCUCACCUGCAGGAGUUUAUGGCGCCAACAAUGGAAGAGACAGUCAGCCUUCUCCAAUUCAUGUAUCCGCUCUUUCGACGCCGGAAUCCAAUUCUACAUUCUCAUCUAAUGCGCGCAGAGCUUGGAACUAUAUUUGCACUUCCCUGGCUGAUCACGUGGUUUGGACACGUGCUCCCGGAUUACGGAGAUGUUGUUAGACUUUACGAUUUUUUCUUAGCACAACCGCCGCGGAUGCCGAUUUACUUGGCAGCCGCCAUUGUUCUUCAUCGUGAGAAAGAAAUUUUAGCAACAGAAUGUGAGAUGUCAAGUAUCCACGGGCUUCUCUCUCAAAUCCCCCAAGAUCUGCCCUUUGAAAUAUUAAGCUCCGCCUCUUCUGUUCCCAGUGCGUAUAGCAGCACUGAGUCUGAACCAGAGAUAGUUAAAAAACCAAUCCGACGGCGGAGACGGCGGCGGAAAGGUUCUAAGGAUGAGUCGAGUAGUGUACGUAAAUCUGAUGAAAUAGAAAAGGCUCUGUUGAGCAGAGAUAUUGAUAAACUGGGUCAGCUGGCAGUCAGUCCCCUGGGUCUACUCUCAGACGAGAUGCGUGUUCGAGUAUGGCCGAGAUUAAUGGGAAUAGAUCUUAUAGAGACAGAUGUUACAAUCCCAACAGACGAGGAGAUUAAAAAACAUCCAGAGUACAAUCAAGACAAAACUUUAACAGAACUUCCAAUCCUCCUCUCCAUGUCAUAUUAUCGAGCUUAG